UUGUCACAUAUCAGCUGGUCGUCGGUAAAAUAAUUUGUAAAUGAGUAAAACUUUGAAUAUUUAACAAUAAUAAAUACACUCGUAUUUUAUUUUUAAAAUGAGGUUCAAAACGAUUGGGCUUAUAAAACAAAUCCAUACGUUGUGUGGUAGUACACCAAGCCGAAAAUUUAGUACACUUAUUAAUACAAAGCGGAGAAUAAUUUUUAACCCCUUAAAGCUUUCAUCGUUAGUGUGUGUAUAUUCUUCAGACAACAAAAAACAUUUUUUAGAAAUAGAUAAAAAAGCAGAAGCUUUAAAAGGUGCUUUAGAACAAAAGAAAGUUCAAAUUAAAGAUACAGAGCAGAAAAUUCGACAAAAAGGUGUUGAAAUUGUUCGCGACUUGAAACAACAAAGACAAAUUACUGGUCACAAGCUUAAAGUUAAGAAAGAACACUUAGUGAAGGAUAUUUUAGAAACAAGAGCUAAAGUUAGAGAAAAAAUUGAGGAAGUUGUGGAGAAAGAAAAUGUUUUUACCAUACCCAAUAUACUAUGCAUGACUAGAAUAGUUAUGUCUCCAUAUUUAGGUUAUGUCAUUUUGCAAGAUCAUUAUAACUUGGCUCUAGGAUUAUUAGUAUUUGCGGGUGUCACAGAUCUGUUAGAUGGGUGGAUAGCACGCAAUUGGGAAGGUCAGUCAUCAAAAAUGGGUUCAUUUUUGGAUCCAAUGGCUGACAAAGUCCUUAUAGCCACCUUAUUCAUAAGUCUUACAUGGCAAGAUUUGAUACCACUUCCUUUGACUUUGUUAAUUGUGGCUCGUGACGCAGUAUUGGUAGGGGCGGGUUUUGUUAUAAGAUAUAUCAGUCUACCACCCCCUAAAACACUAAGUAGAUAUUUUGAUGUGACUCAUGCCACAGCUCAAUUGGCACCUACAUUUAUUAGCAAAAUUAAUACUGCAAUCCAAUUGCUACUGGUGGGAACUGCCUUAGCUUCACCAGUAUUCAAUUUUGUAGAUCAUCCAGCUCUAAAUGCACUAUGUGGAUUAACUGCAGCAUCUACUGUUAUUUCAGCAAUCAGUUAUAUUAUAAGUAAGGAUACCUAUAAACUCUUAAAGAAGAAAUUAUGAGCAAUAUGUGAAUUUCAUGUGUCGUCUUCCAGCUGUGUGUAAAAAGUAAAUUUGGAAUUAAAAUGUUUUUAAACAGUUUUCCAUGAAAUGUAAUUGUUAAGCCUAAAAAAUAUAUCAAAUGGUUAAAAUAAAUUUCUGAUUUGUAUAAAAUAGGGAUAGUUUUAUUAAAUCAUUCUAUUCACAUGAAUAAACUGCUUAUAAUGCACAAAAUACUCAUAUAUUAUAAAAAA